UUACAAACAUUACUUCAUGCUUCUUAUUGUAAACUGUAUUACUUAACGUUAACAUUUGUCUUAGUAAAUUACUAGAGAAGACGACUGGUAAUCAAAGCUUUUUCUCGCUUUAUAAGUUUCGAAAGUGGUGAAUUUACAUAGUUUCUAUUAAUCAGAAGUAUUGCCGUAGUAUUAUUAUUUAAAAUUUGGUUAAUUUAUCAUGGUUCGUGGAAGGAUUAGCUGUAUUAUUUUUUUCGCAAACGUGCUUUGGCAGGAUGUUGUGGGAUACGUGGUUUCCACUGACACUCGAUAUUCCAAAUGGCCUGGAAAUACAGUUCCUUACAUAAUCGCUCCGGGUUACAGUGAGGCGGAAAUCAACACUAUCCGGAUGGCUGCCGCUCAAAUUCAGGCAGACAUGGGCAAUUGCAUCCGUUUUACGGAUUUGGGUGCCGGACCAAUACCUGCAGCAACAAGUUUCGUUAUAAUUUCUCCAACCGGUGGACCAGGGGUGCCAUCUCCAACUUGCUAUUCGUUUCCGGGCCGAGUGCUACCCUUAUCCAACCCGCCCACAACAUAUGGACAGCACAUGGCCAUCAUGAACGGACCCAAUGGAUGUCUGUCCAGUGUGCGGCAAGUUAUGCGAUUUUUCUGCGACCUUCUCGGAUUACGCAGUGAGCACAACAAGCCGGGACGAGAUUUAUUCCUGCAGCUCAACACCCAACUUAUCCAUCCAGCGGCUGUUCAGAUUGGAGCAUUCACGGAAUACGAUCCACGCCUUAUUCAGUUCAACGCCACAGAUUUUGAUUAUAAUUCUAUAACCAUGAUUGAACCAACAAACUACAGUGUCAGAGGAGGUCUUCCGGUCAUUUCGGCUCGGAAUGGCCGAACGAUAUAUAACGCGGGCCGAUUGAGUUUUCGUGAUUGCCAGGCGUUGAGUGCUGUGUACAACUGUAUGAUCCAAUGUCCUACUUUUUAUUGACAACAGCAACACUCCAGCAGCGGGCCUACAUGUGCAUGCCCUACAAACAUCGGGCUUACGAAUCUUUGUAAUUUUACGUGUGUACUGCACCAUAGAGGUCCUACAUUAAUUCCGUGUUGCAUUAAUACUAUAAUGUUCUGAACAAGAUCUCAUUAAAGUCAUGGUAGCUGCGAGCGUUGAGGAAGCAGAACACGUUUCAGCCAGCUUCGUGACCUUUGUUAACCCUUGCAUAAUACGAGUACUGCAUGAGUCGUCUAAGUAGCACAAUU